AUGCAAUCUCUCACUUCACUGCUCCUCCUACUGCUCAGUCUCAUUUCACUCGCCGCAUCCUUCCAUCUUCGACAAGAGGAUGAGGCGCAGCUGAUGGAUCUCGCCAAAUCGGCGUCAACUGACUUGCUGGACGAGGGCGCCGAGGAAGAGGAGGUGCUGGCACCUGCACGAAUUCCCGUGAAGCCGAUAGUGCGAGGUGCCUGGCAGUUGGCGUAG